AUGCAAUACUCAACCUCGUCUUUGUUCCUUCUUGGGGGCCUGCACGCCGUGGCUAGUCUACAAGUCACACUGGCAGCGACAAACUCGUCAGCCAUUUCGCCCGUUAUUCUAGCCGACACCAAUCGCGACGGUGCCGUGGACGACUCGGACCUCGAACACAGGCAUCAAUGGACCGACUCACACGGGGCCAUCUUUCUGCCCAACAUCGGCGACCGAACCCAUCGCUGUGCCAGUGUCGAUCUCGCCGGUCUCCCCCUCAGCAACUUGGAGCUUGCCUCUUGCAAUGAUGCGGCCGGCGAUCGGCUCAUCACACCGCAUGUGGCGGCACGAGCCAAGACGCAACCGAUCCACGGCCUGUCCAAGGAUGCCGUCGGUCGGAUUCACACAAUGCCGGAGGCGGCUCGCGACCGCGUUCGAGUUUUUUGGAGGCACGGUGGCGCGGGCAACGACUCGGCCGACUGGAUUUCGAUCAAUAGUCAAUUCGAGUUCAACGCCACCAGCCUUUCCCAAGGCCUGGCCCUUGCGGUGGACGGUCGGGAGUUGGUUUCGGACUCGAACAUCUGGGAUGGUUCAGUGCAGAUAGUCUUUGAGGUUAUCGACGGCCAACGCCAGGGCUCGGACUUUGUGGCCUUGAAGCAGGCGCCAGUGCUCGUCCACCACCACCUUCAGCAGGUCGAUACCUUCCUGACCCUCCAGACGAACGAAUCCGUUUCGGUGUGGCAGGCGCCGUUCGUCAAGUCCCUCACGGAUAUUGCGGGCCGUCUGCAUCGGCCGCCGGCGCUCCGCGUGCUCAACAACAGCAACGAGGUAUGGGGCCAGGACUUCAUGGAGCCCGCCUUUGUCAGUAUGCCCGGCCCUGACGGCCCCAUUUCGCUUCGCGUGCUCAUCCGAUCUGCCCAAUCCACUCGCCCCAACGGCCGACGAGUCUUCAACGAGCUGCGUGGAGACGGCGUGGGUGGAUGGCAGCCCGGGUCGGGGUCGGGCUUUGGGUGGGAGGAGAUCAACUCGGGCGGCAACAUCGAGACGAUCCCGCCGUACCUGUCCCGAUCAGGCGUGCCAUAUCGAAACGGGCGGGUUCUCCUGGGCAAGCACUUCGACAAAUACCCCGCUGCGUCGAUGAUCACUUUCUUGGAAUCGCAAGGUGCCCAGAGACCCCUGUUCCUCGAGGCGGGUUGGCUUGUGGCCGGUCACAUCGACGAGAUGGUGCAGUUUUUGCCGUACCACAAUGAUUUGGGCUUCACCAUUGCGGUGCCUGACACUUCGGCGGCACUGGAGGUGCUGAGAGAUGUCAGAAAAGCCGGACACGGCUCUGCUCCAAUCUUGAGCUACAACGGCAGCAUGACCCCUGACAAGGAUGCGCUUUUCCUUGACCCCUCCGUCCGGAACCAGACUGUCAGCAGCAUCCUGGAUGACAAGCAGUUCCUCAAGAUCAAUGAGUAUGGCCAACGGUUCAUUGACAGUAAUCUCGCGCUGCUGCUGCAAGAAAUCCCGCUUGACCCAAAGCAUGUCCUGCGCGUUCCGGCGCUCUGGAAGGAUACGACCUACCCCUGGCCACGGAGCCCGGAUGGCGUCCCCACGAGGCUUCAUCGAGCGCUACCCGGUGAGCGCCAGCUGCAAGCCUUCUUCCCACACGCAGUCAACGGCGUUGUUCUCGGCCACGAUUACGUCGCGCCCAAGCCCUGGGGUCCCGUGGUCGACGGCCACGACGUUCUCGAGUCAGCCAUCGUGGACGUCUACGCCAAGGCGAACAUGACAGUCUGGUUCAUCGACGACUACAUGUCGCAUCACGUUCGGGGCGGCGAGGUGCACUGCGGCACUAACACGCUGCGAGACACGGGGGUGGCGUGGUGGCAGACGGAGUGA